AUGUUAGCAUUGCGCCGGAGGAGAGAUGAUUCCAGAUCCUACGAAUGUGUAAUCUNCGGGUUGGUGAAUAAGGAGAAGGUUAGGGUGUCUUGGGCUGUGUUUUGUGAACCACCAAAGGAUAAGAUUGUUCUUAAGCCGUUGCCGGAGAUGGUGAGUGCUGAGUGUCCGGCUAAGUUUCCUCCAAGGACAUUUGCUCAACAUAUUGAGCAUAAGUUGUUUGGGAAUGAACAAGAGGAAUUGGUUUCUGAGAAAAAGGAUUAAGUUUGUGUGUUUGGGAAAGGAACAAGUCUUUUAUAUGUAAAACUCUAUUUAAGAGUUUCUUUGUUUUGUGUUCGUGUCACUGUGAUAUUGUAAGAAACAAAUUAUUA